AUGACCCACCACACACAUACAGUUAACGUGAGCACUGAUUUGUGUGAUGCCGAUGCGACAAAAAAUACUGCGUCAAGUCCGGAACAUGCAACGGAGCACACAGAUGAAAGCACAGAUGUUCAGUCAGCGGAUAUUUCAACCGGUAGCAUAGGACAACGGCGUCGCACUCUGCCCCACCGUACAGCGCGUUAUGGGAACAACACCGGCAAUAGUGCCACAAUCAGUGCCAGUAGUAGCACAUCCGAUCUGGUUCAGGAUACUGGGGAGUCAGAACCAUCAGUUCUUGACUCAGCCACAAAUGUAGAUACACGAGAGGACUCUAGGGAGACGGAAGAAGCGAAACAAUCGACACUCGUCACCAAAGCUAAAACCAGCGUGAUUGCAGAUAAAGGCCAGAUUUCGGACAACAUUGUUGGCGAUGGUGUUCACGUCACAACUCGAAACAAGAUGAGUCCGUGUGAAUCUUCCGCGAAGCGGGUAAAGGAUAAAUCAAAUUCUGUGAAGGAACCGGUACUGUUAUCAUCCAUUUCAAGUCCCGUUCCGUCACCGGAUCUGGCGACCAAGCGAGAUGCGCAAGCGAACGAGAAGACAAAUUUAAACACCCCAAUCCCCGGUAUGGCUUGUGGUUUCAUACAGCUCAUUCUUUUGUCAUCCUACCCACAGNUACCCACAGCCGAUACUUCACUGAUCACACAGGGCUCAGAUCCCGUGACCACAUCCACUUCAUGUUGUUCGCAUGUGGAGGUGAAUGGAACUACAGCUGCGAGUAAUUGUCCGCCUACGCUGCCUUCGGAACCCCCUAAGCUGGACUUGACUCCGGAGUCAGACACUGUAAUUCCCAUGUCCAAUAUGCCGGAUGAAAAGAAAACUGCACAGUUCAGCUCAGUCACAACCACUUCCUGUCCCGGGAUCCCCGUAUUCUCUCAGGGUAACCUACCUCUUGUUCUCCCACGUCGUCCACUUUCUCUUCGCGGACUAGGACUGCCUUGUUCGUCGAAAAAUAACACAGUUCUGGGUCCAACCGCUGCGGAUUAUCUCACCGGAUCCCAUUCACCAAAGGUACCGGGCGAACGUGGUUCAAGCCAGCCACCACUGGCUACAAUGCAUGAUCUGCUGGAGUGGCAGUGGGACCAAGCUGGAGCACUGUUAGUUCAACAGGCUGAAGGCACAGAUGCCUCUGAGUCUGGACAGACUGGUGGCCACGGGAUUAGCUCAAUUCCGGUGGCUACUUCAGGCACUCCUCAGGUCUCCCCAAGCUUGACCGGAUUGGAGACAAGACUUUCCGUACAGCCUACACAACCGCUGUCGCAGCAACAAUCAUCCACAGUUUCACAUCACGGACUGCCUACCAGUGUGACGGACGCCAUCGAUUCCCAUUCUUACGGACAUUCCAGUGUAUCUGGAGGCCAUGUGCUUACAUCGGCUACGACCACACCACCUGUUUUACCGCCACCAGCGCUCAGUCCGAACAAGCCCUAUCCUAAACACUCAUCGUCUACGAGUUCGUAUAACUACCACCACCACCAUCAUCAUCAUCAUCACCAGCAGCAACCGCAAUCAAAUCCACAGCCAUUGAUUAAACAGCUUCCUUUACAACCGUUUGCAUCGGAAUCUCAUUUGACCAUGGCGAACGCACGUGGUUCUAUCUCAAGUUCCACAACCAGCCUAGCAAUGCGCUCUCAACAACCUAUCUCAGGCCCAGCAAAUCCCACAGGUUGGCGCCCUAUUGCCCCAGCUCCGGAAAUCGAUCAGCCAUCACAACCACGAUUUAGUUCACAACCUAUUGCAGAGAUAAACACUUCCGGUACUUGGUCAGGACGUCCAAUUCAACCAAGUCAAGAAGGGGUGCUAACAACUGCCAGUUCCAGCAGCACUAUGGUUCGUUACAGUUCCACUUCCGUGCCUCCAGCCACACCGUCCUCGCAAGCGGUAAAACCCGUUGAUGCUGUUGCGGGUUCUGGCAAACGUUCGCACUGCACCCAUACACCUCGAACUCAAAAGCACGGUUCUCCUCGGCGUUGGCUUUUAUUUCAACUCACUGCUCCUCCAUUAGACCCGAAUGUGGCAAUUGCCGGUAAUACUGGUGGGGAUCCCAUUUUGCCACGACCAAGCGUCGAAGUGACUGACUUGGUAAGUGCGACUACCACAGUCGUGAUCGGUACUUUUAACCGGUCUCAAAUACCCAUUUGA